UUCCAAAAACUGGACGUUGGCAGGAGCGCAGUUGUGGCUGGACCUAACCCUUGAUCUUUUUCUCUCUUCCUUACAGCAAAUGUUUUAUAGCGACAAUAAUCGUGUGGCCAAAUACAGUAAAGAAGUGGAUGUAUAGGGCAAAUGUUUCAUUUUUUCUCGUGAAAACGAAAUAAAAUAGCCGUAGGAUCUAUGGAUACGGAUGGCCUCUCGUGUUAUCGCUCCCAGUUUGGUGGUGCAAAGUUUUCUCGCGUGCGAUGGCUUGAUUUCGGAGGACAGCAAAAGAAAUUCUUGACCUCGACGUAUGACUCUCGAAACAAAGAAAUAGCAGCGUGGUCAUUAGUCGAAGAUGCUGAAUUAACGGACGAUUUAUUCUCGUGCGAAUGCAGAUUAAUGGUCGAUACAGACGUGAAUGAUUUGCUCCUAUAUAAUGGGAUGAGAUUCGCUGCUGCAAUGAAUGAUGGUUCAGUGAAGUUAUUGGAAUAUGAUGAAGGUGUCAUUAAACCUAUGAGGAAAUAUAUCGAUAUGCAUUAUGGUUGUCCUUGUAAUGCAUUAUGCUAUAACAAUGGUAAGAUAAUCUGUGGUGGUGAGGGUGGCAGUUUGAUAGGUAUCGACUUGGAAGGCAACUCCAAGAAAGUUGUAUCUUUGAGUAUGGCAAGCAUACGGUCCCUGGCAUCAGUCGCACGGGAUAUAUUUGUAUCAGCCCAUCUAGAUGGACAGAUCUGUUUAUGGGAUCUCAGAGAAGAGGCGGGAUCAUCUUUUCGGCCUGUAUUUUCUUGCCGAGUUACCGACUGUUUCCAAGGUACCACAGCACUUGCUGUUCAUCCUGCCGAGCCUAAUUUGGUUGGUUUUGGUACUGAAGAUGGUGGUAUUGGUUUUCUCGACACACGCCGAAGUAGUUAUUUGUUGAAUGCUGUUGCGGUUUCUUUUCCAGUUGGUACGGUCUGGGAGAUGGCUUUCCAUCCUGUUUAUCCGUCAAAUUUUUACUGUGCAACUGGUAAAGGUCAUUUGUUACAUUUAAAUGUCAAAGGAUCCGGUCUCUCCAAUUCGAUUUCAAAUUUUAACAGCCAGUCACGAGCAAAUGCAUGGCUUUCACCAUCAGUUCGUUCUGGGAAUGCGAAUGUUACUACUCUUAUUGAUUGUCUAACAUCAGUAAGCACUUUCAAUGUAUCGACGAAUGGAAUUAUCGCUUGCUCAGACAAUCAGAUGAUUACUUACAUCGACAAAAAAUAUCUAGCAUGAUUCUUUAAUCAUCUUAAUCUAUUUGAUUUUGUGCUUUUGGUGCUUUUACGCAGAAUCCUUGUUUUAGUUGUUUAUAGGAAUCUGGAUGUUAAAGUAUAAUAAAGUUCUCUAUUGAGCUAAAAGGUAAUGGAAAGAAGUAAAAUAAUUACUUCCUGUCAUAUAUUUUUAAAAUUUUUUCCUGGUUAUUAAGAGGAAUACGUCAUCGAAUUCAAACCAUUUGAAAUUCCCAUCUUUCUCUACUGCCAUAUUGUUU